UUUUAAUGUAAAAACAGUAAAUGUAAUUGUAUUGAUGGUUUUCUAUAUGAUUUAUGUAAUGUUUGUUUAACAUGGAAAAUGUCAACAUUAUGUGUCACUGAAUAGUGAUGACUGUCUCAUUUCAGUACACUGCUAUGUUUAUACAUUCAUGUUAUGCAAGAGAAAAUUAUAGAGCUGACAAUAACUUGACUGUCUAAACAGCAGUUUUUACAUUCAGUGCUUUUAUCUAACCUGUACUUUUUGUGUCUUGCAGAAGUGCACUGAUUGAAUAUGGUAUGUGGGACCAGGUCAGGGUGGAUCAUGGGAAGGAGUUUUAUUUAACACUUUUUAUUCAAGAGAAACUUGCACACCUCAGAAACAACACAGAGAGGCAGCCAUAUUGCCAAACCGCCAACAAAAAAUGAAAGGGGCACUCAUCCAGUUAGUCGAUCAGGAGGAGCUUGAUAUGCAGGAUAACCUCACAAAAUACUGUGCAUCUACUCUGACGUGUCAAGUUGCUCAAAUUGGACUUGAACGAGUUGUGCACUCCUGGAGUGCACACCGUAUUCCAGGUAAAUCUGAAGCUGUAGUGUUACGAUACUCUGUAUCUGUGUUUCUGCUGUGGUUUGCUUGUCUGUCUGUCUGUCUGUUUGUUUGUGUGUGUGUUUGUACAGGGAUUGGUCGCUGACAAUGGAGCAUGAUUGAUGGGUCUGCUGGUGUGCACCUUUAACCUUCUGGUAUUGUUCAUUUGGGAAUCACACUUGUUUGCUGGUCAAAACAGACCAUAGGCCAUAAUCAUGUAAUAAUUUUAUUUUUGUGAAAUUAAUGUACUAUAUUUCAUUUCAUUGUUUUUCUUUAUUUAGCAUUUUGAGAGUUUCAUGUUACUAAUUAAUAUUAAUAAAUUAUUAAAUUAAUAUUCAUAAAUCUAAAUGAUUUAAUAUUUUCUGUAUAAAUGUGAAAAGAUUUUUAAAUGUUUAUAUAACUUUUCUAUUAAUGUAGUGUUUAAGUUAUAAAAAAAGUAUUUAAGAAAAUCAUGUUUUAUAUAAUCAUCAUCUGUAAGUGGUGUAGCCGUUAGAUGGCUGUAUAGCCGUAUAUAUUUAGUGCUAUGUACUAUGUAAAUUUUGUCACCCCUUCAUUGCUGUGCUUUUUUUUUUUUUCUGCAUUGUGACUUUUUUUUUCUCUCCAUAUUUUUGCCUAUUUUCCAUUCAUUUUUUUUAUGGCAGUCAUUUUUGACCACAAACAACACAAGUGUGAAUAUUUGUUACGACCGUUUGGCUUUUUCGAAUAAAGUCAUAAGUCAUACAGUUUUGUACUAUUCCGAUGACGUAGCGAGUGUUUUUUUAUUUUAUUUAUUUUUUGGUCUAAAAUGACUGAACAACACCAGAGGGUUAAAUAGUCUGUCCCAAGAUGGUGAGCUCAUUCCGGUGUUUGUCGUCUCAGCUUGAAAGAGCUCUGGAUUCCUUCUCUCGACAGAUCCCCAACACGCUAUUGUGUUUUGUGGUUUAAAGAUUGGUUUUCCUUACUUGCUUUAUAGCCUACAAUAUAUAUUCCACUCAACAUCUUAUGCUGUAGAAGUGCCUUGUUAUAAUUGUGCUAAUUUGUAUUCCUUAAAUAUUUAGUUUAGUGUUAAUUUUGAAUUGUUCACUUAUGUUUGAGUAUUAUUUCAAGAUUUUCGUUGCAUAUGGGUGGCCUGCCAUUCAGGGGCGUCGCACUAAAACACCCACACUUUUCCCGGUGAGAGGGUUCAACACCCGCACUUUUUCCGCAGUUUUGCACAAAGGCCUUACAGCAGUCACUCCUCCGUUUCUCUGGCUGCUCUGUGUCUGCGCUCGCUGCGGCUGCCUCCUCUCCCCUCCACCCCUCUCAAACAUGACACCGGCUUUGAGUGUGACCGGCUGAUGAUUGGCUGUUCUGCCUUAAGUCCCGCCUCUCUUGGUGUGUUAAUUUAUCGGUCAGCUCGUGCUGAGGAGGCGGGAACUUAUGGUUAUUUACAUCUCCCUUUUCCAGGUACUUUGAGUGUUUAUGAUUUUGAGGUUUAAAUAAGCUUGAUAUGUGUUUGGGAAGAUGUUAUGUUUAUGUUUUGUUGACACGUCGAGUGUUUUCUGUAUUAUAUUUCAUUUUUUAGACUAAUGGUAAUUGCUAAUUGGGAUAUUGUGCAGCUCGCUAAAUUCGGUUAUGUAUGUGGCAUGCAAUGUAUAAAGUAACCGUGAUGAAGAUGGCAGGGAAUUGACGAGGAGGAGGGACAAAUUGUCAUUGUUAAGCAGUGUAUUUAUGGGUUUAUUGCCAGUGCAAUUGAUUUUGAUAUUUUGAGCAUUGUUUGUUGAUUAGCUGAAUACUUUUGUGGAUACUUACCUGUUGUGUUUGAUUGUACCUGUUGAGGAGAAAAAAGUGAGAAAUGAUGUCAUUGUUUGCAUACCUGUUGAAGAACUAUGAAAGAAAAGUGUAUAUUAUUUUAAUGUUUAAAAACAGUAAAUUGUUACAUUAUUUAUACCACCAGAGAAAACGCUUCGUGUGGGCGGUUUUUUUAUUUAUUUAUUUUAUUUUUUUAUAUCUCCCCUUUUCAAGGCGCAAGUAAGCAAAAUUUAGCAGUCACAGUCCUGUCAGACCCAUGUCACUGUCAAGCUUACCACUGUCUUUUUGUCACGCAGUAUCAUUAAGAUGCAGAAAAGAAAGAGGCAGGAGAAGAUUGACACCUUUUUCAAGAGAAAUCCUGUAAGUGAAGUUGAGAGCUGAAAGUUGAAAAAUGUUGACAUUAAACAACAGUAGCCUAUUCCUUUACCACUGCACCCUUGUUUAGGAAAGGAAGUUGCUGGAGGCAUCAGUUUCAGAGAGAGCAUAGGAAGGUUCACAGGUGAGCAAUGAAAUGAACGUUACAGUUUGUGAAAGAGGUCUAUGAAGGAAGAGAGGCCAUGUGUGUGUGUUUGUGUCAUGGGUGGUGUUUAUUUCCAUCCCAGGUGCACGCGUGUGUCUGGUGUGUUUAUAUCAAAUUCAGAAUUUCAUUUCAAUUGUUUUGAUUAGGGUGUAUGUGAGGAUGUGGCCAGGAGUGAGGAAGACAGAGAUGAAGAGGGAGGAAAAGGCAGACACGAAGCGGGCAGACAAGAAGAACAGAGUGAGGGAGAGGUCAGAGAGGAUAAGGAUGACGAUGAAAUGGUAGAGAGAGGAGCAGAGAAAAAGACGUGGCUGUUACUCGCCAUCAGUUCAGUAAGCCCAAUCAACCAGAUCCAAAAUUAAUUGCUAAACAGUCCUUGCCCAAAUAUACUCUGAGUUUUCAAACUCAGUGGUACCAGAAAUUUCCAUGGCUCCAUGUGAGUCCUGGUGUUGAGGGUGUAUUGUGCUUUUACUGCUCCAAAGCCUUUAACUCUGAGACAUCACCUCUUGCCAAGAAUGCUGAUUCAGCAUUAAUUUCAUCUGGGUUUAAAAAUUGGAAAAAAGCCCUUGAGCGAUUUACUGUGCAUGAGAGAUCUGAUAGUCAUAAGACAGCCAUGACAAUGCACAUCUAUGAAGAUCGAUCAGUACAGGUUCAGCUAUCUAGUGUGAGUGUGAAACAGCAAGAGGAAGCAAGGGGAUGUCUUCUCAAAAUCAUUGGUGCUGUGCAGAUGUUGGCUGGGCAGGGCUUACCUUUUAGGGGCCAUGAAUGUGGUGAGGGAAAUUUUGAACAGGUUCUGAAGUACAAAUCAGAGGAUGACCCCUCUCUAACCAAGUGGUUGACAUGUGGUAGAAAGGAUGUAUAUACUUCAGCUAUGGUUCAAAAUGAAAUCCUGACUUUGUUCAGCAGCGUGAUCAUACGUGAAAUAGUUGAAAACAUCAGAUCACUUCCACACCUGCAGUACUCUGUGAUGAUGGAUGGGACACGAGACGUGUCUGGAAAAGAGCAAGAGGCAGUGUGUUUGAGAUAUGUUGACAAGGAUUUAGUCCCUCGUGAAGAAUUUAUUGGUCUUUAUGAGGUUUCUUUGACAACAGGAGAAAAUCUAGCAAAAGUAGUCAUGGAUGUUUUGCAGCGCCUAAACUUGCCUAUCACUGGGUUGCGUGGCCAAGCAUACGAUGGGGCCGCAAAUAUGGCUGGCAAAUACAGUGGAGCACAGGCCAUUGUAAGAAAAAUAAAACCUCUGGCUCCCUAUGUUCAUUGUGCUGCCCACUGUGUUAACCUAAUUACACAGAGGUCCUGUACUGCCUCAAUAUUUAUGCGGAAUUCUCUGGAUUGGGUCAAUGAGUUGGGAGUGUUGUUUGGGCAGUCAGGGAAACUGAAGGACUUUAAGGGAAUUGCAAGGUCUGAGGAGGGUGAGGGUCCAUGUCACACUAUAAGACCUCUGUGUCCAACAAGGUGGACGGUCCGCACUAGUGCCAUCCGCACUGUGCUAAACCAGUACGAGUGCAUAAUCAAGGCUUUGGCUGAGAUGGCAGUGAGUGAGUCUGAUGCGGCUAGUAAGGCACAGGGGCUGUAUGAGACAUUUCAGCAGGGAAAUGUUGUCCUUAGUCUUGUGUGUGCUUUAGAGAUCACAGGGGAGUUGGAGGUUUUGAAUUUGUCCCUCCAGAGCAGAACACAGACCCUAGAUGGUAUGCUUUCAGCUGUUGCCUGUGUUAAGGAAAGUUUCAGCAAAAAGAGCAACACAGAGAGUUUUCAGGCUCUUUACACGAAAGCAACAAGGAUGUGUGAGACACUCCAUCUCACUCCUAUUGCCUCUCCUCGUGUCCGUAUCCCACCUCAGCGCUUCACAGGUAGUGCUCCUGCACAUGUACACGUGUCCCCUUCUGACUACUACAGGACUGAAUUCUACAAAGUUCUGGAUGUUGCUGACAUGCAGUUUAGAUAAAGAUUUGAGCAGGAGGGAAUGCAAAUGUUAAGGCACCUGGAACAAGUUCUCUUAACUGGAAAGAUACAUGGUGUUGUCCAACAGUACCCAGAAAUCAACCCAGACAUCCUCAAAGUUCAGCUUGCAUUGUUCAGAAUGAAGUACAGCUUCCAGUCUAGUACUGAAAUUGUUGCUGUUCUUCAAGGGAUGACCCCAGAAGUCCAUGGUCUCUUUGACCAAGUCGAAACCAUUGCCCGACUCCUGCUAGUUGUGCCUGUGUCAUCAGCAGACUCAGAAAGGAGUUUCAGCAGCCUCCGGAGGCUGAAAACAUGGCUACGCAGCACCAUGAUCCAAACCCGCCUCAACAGUGUUGCUGUGUGCCAUGUACAUAAAGACAAGCUGGACAGGGUAAACAGAAAAAAGAUUGCUGAACAGUUUGUCUCCUGUAAGGAGGGCAGAAAGAGCACUUUUGGUUCUUUUAAA